GCUUCUGGGCCCACAGCCCGCGGACCCUGGGAGAAGCUUGAGCAAUGAAAUGCGGGUGAGGGGGCCCGGGGUACGUGGGGCUUGCCUGGAAACGCAGCAAUUCCAGAAGUGUCCACCGAAGGAUCAAAAUCAGCGCGCGGGGCACUUUAACCCACUGGUUUCCGAACUUGUAGCACUUUGGAAUCAUCUAGGGAAACUUCAAAAAUCCUGAUGUCCCUGUGUCGCCCCAGACGUCGGUUCACCAAUAGGAUUCUUCUGCUACCAUCAUGUCUUGGUUUGCUGAUCUUGCUGGAAAGGCAGAAGAUCUUUUAAAUCGAGUUGAUCAAGGGGCUGCAACAGCUCUCAGUAGAAAAGAGAACAGCAGCAACAUCACAUAUAACAAAAAUGCUGACUAUCCUGAACUUCAGCAAAAUACGGAUUUGACUUAUCAGACUGGAUCCAAAGCUACAUAUAUUUCCUCAGCAGCUGAUAACAUAGGAAAUCAGAAAGCCACUAUCUUAGCUGGCACUGCAAAUGUAAAAGUAGGAUCUAGGACAUCAGCGGAGGCUUCCCAUCCUGUUGAAAACGCAUCUGUUCCUAGGCCUUCAUCCCAGUUUGUUCGAAGAAAAAAGUCAGAACCGGAUGAUGAGCUGCUGUUUGACUUUCUUAACAGUUCGCAGAAGGAACCCACUGGGAGGGUGGAAAUCAAAAAAGAAAGGAGCAAGACACCUGUCCUUCAGAGUUCUCGGACAGCAGGUGUCAGUUCUGUGAACACCAGCAUAACUGCCGUCAAAACCAUUGAGGAAAAUCCUUCUGGGAGCCAAAGCGAUGUAACGUCUAAUAAUUCAGAUUCUGGCCAUGAAGUUCAAGAGGAUUCUUCAAAGGAAAAUGUAUCAUCAAGUGCUGCCUGUGCUGACCACAACCCAACACCUACUCACGAUGGCAAAUCACAUGAACUGUCUAAUCUUCGAUUGGAGAAUCAACUGUUGAGGAAUGAAGUUCAGUCUUUAAAUCAAGAAAUGGCCUCAUUACUUCAAAGAUCCAAGGAAACUCAAGAAGAAUUAACCAAAGCAAGAGCAAGAGUUGAAAAGUGGAAUGUCGACCAUUCAAAGAGUGAUCGAAUAACCCGAGAGCUGCGAGCCCAAGUGGAUGACCUGACUGCAGCGGUGGAUGCCAAGGACUCGCAGCUGGCUGUGCUGAAAGUGAGGCUGCAGGAGGCCGACCAGCUCCUGACCACACGCACCGAAGCCCUGGAAGCCUUGCAGACUGAGAAAUCACGAAUAAUGCAGGAUCACAGCGAAGGUAGCAGCCUGCAGAACCAAGCUCUGCAAACUCUUCAGGAGAGACUGCAUGAGGCGGACACCGCCCGGAAGAGAGAGCAGGAGAGCUGUAAACAAAUGCAGAGUGAGUUUGCUGCACGCCUUAAUAAAAUGGAAGAGGAACGUCAGAAUUUGGCAGAAGCAGUCACUCUGGCGGAAAGAAAAUAUGCGGAGGAGAAGAAGAGAGUUGAUGAGCUACAGCAGCAAGUUAAAGUGUACAAGUCCAACUUGGAGUCCUCUAAGCAGGAAUUAAUUGACUACAAGCAAAAAGCUACUAGAAUACUCCAAUCUAAAGAAAAAUUGAUUAACAGCUUAAAGGAAGGAUCUGGUUUUGAAGGCCUCGAUAGCAGUACUGCUAACAGCAUGGAGCUGGAAGAACUUCGGCACGAAAAGGAGAUGCAAAAGGAGGAAAUACAGAAGCUCCUGGGCCAGAUACAUCAGCUGAGAUCCGAAUUACAGGAUAUGGAGGCACAGCAGGUUAGUGAAGCAGAAUCAGCAAGAGAACAGUUACAAGAUCUGCAAGACCAAAUAGCUGGGCAGAAAGCAUCUAAACAGGAACUGGAGGCAGAAUUGGAGCGACAGAAGCAGGAGUUCCACUACAUAGAAGAAGAUCUAUAUCGAACAAAGAACACAUUGCAAAGCAGGAUUAAAGAUCGAGAAGAAGAAAUUCAAAAACUUAGGAAUCAGCUUACUAACAAAACUUUAAGCAACAGUAGUCAGUCUGAGUUAGAAAACCGACUCCAUCAGCUAACAGAGACUCUCAUCCAGAAGCAGACCAUGCUGGAGAGUCUCAGCACAGAGAAGAACUCUCUGGUCUUCCAGCUGGAGCGCCUCGAGCAGCAGGUGAACUCUGCCAGUGGAAGUAGCAACAGUGGGUCUUCCAUUAAUAUGUCUGGAGUUGAUAAUGGCGAAGGCACACGGCUCCGAAAUGUUCCUGUUCUUUUUAAUGAUACAGAAACAAAUCUGGCAGGAAUGUAUGGAAAAGUCCGAAAAGCUGCUAGUUCAAUUGACCAGUUUAGGUAAGCAAGGGCAGUAAUGAUGAGUGAGGGAUUGUCAGCUGUUUUUGUACCAUUUUCCGGUGGCUUCAGUCACAGUGAGUCCCUUCAGACAGAGCUGAUAUUUAGAGUGAUAUUUCCCUACUUCCUCUCACGAUAUUUCAAUCUCAUGAGAUUGCUCUAUGUGGUCGGCCAGUGCUUGUGUCUCACUGAAGAUGAU